GGUUGAUUUAUGCCUCUUGGUAUGGUAACAUUGAAUGUGUGAGGGCUCUAAUUAGAUAUGAUCCUGAUGUCCUUAAGAGGACUCCCUUGUGUAUGCCCUUGAAGAUCAUCAUAUGGAUAUAGCUGGGGAGUUAAUAGAAGCUGGAGCUGAUCCCUCAGUCACCAUGCAAAGAGGAGAGAUUGUCCAGAAUUACAUCAAAACCAUGGCUAAACUGCAAUGUAAUGAGUCCAAGCUAGAAUCAGAAUCACUGAAAAACAAUGAUGGAUUAAGAAAAUUGGUAUCUGAUUAUAUUGCAUAUAAGAAUGCUAUUCUGUUUUUACUUGAAAAUGGAGCUGAGCUGGACUGGUGUAUGUUUCCCAAAGACAAACAAGACCAGAUAAUUUCUGAUUUAACAUCAUGGACACAAAGUGAUACCACAACAAUUCUGGUUGCUAUGACUCUAACAAGUUGUGCCAAAUGUAGCUUUAUCUUGAAUACGAAAUUGAAUUCAUACAUAAAUGACGAUUUAGAUAAUGAACAUGGCUCUGUUGAACCUAAUAAUAGAACCAUUCAUGGGUCUUACUCUUUUUCGCAUUCACUUCAGAACCAAACUAGGAUAAGCAUACGUAAAUAUUUAAAGGGUGGCUAUCAUGAAAACACAUUUGCUCAGAAAGUUAAGAGUCUGCCCUUACCUGGAAGACUGAAGGAUUAUAUUCAAUUCAAAGAUCUAGCAACAGUGUUGUCAUCAAAUCUGGAUGACCUCGGCAUUAAUUGCUGAACAUGA